AUGGCCCAUAGGACCCCUGGAUUUAUGGGUGAGGAAGCCUCGCUGAGAUCUGGAAGGUGGAUUAAGGAUCUCGAGAGGACAUUUGAGAUAUAUGGAUGCAAUGAGUCCCAGAAGGUGUUGUAUGCAAGCUACAUGUUGCAAGGUGAAGCCGUCACCUGGUGGCAGACUAAGCGAGAGAUCCUCAAGAUGGAGCUGAGAUCUUUCGCAGUAGUGACUUGGCAACGCUUUAAGGAGUUUGCUGAUCGCUUCUUCCCUAGCAUAGUGAGGAGGUUUGCAACGCAUGUCAUUGCCACUGAAGAGAUGCAGGCCAAGCUCUUCCAGGAGGGAUUGUGUUGGGAGAUUCGCAGUUUCGGCACUUCGCGAGUAUCAAUUGUUGGAGCUGUGUGGUCAACUUUCAUCUCCCUAGAGGGGGAUUAUAUGGAAUUAGCGGGUAGUAAGCUGAAGUCAAGACCCAUAGUUAUAUAUGCAAUCCAAGCGAAGAUGGACCUGGCUAGUGGAGCAAAUGCCUAUAUGGUGCAAGUAGUGUCUAAUCCAUCAGAGAGGAAGUCUUUAAUAGGAAUCCCAACCGUUGAAGAGUUCUCUGAUGUCUUUGCGUAUGAACUCCCUGGAUUACCUCCGGUUUGUGAUGUUGAGUUUACAAUUGACUUGGAACCUGGAGCCACUCUGCUUCAAGGCCUGGCUACUUUUUCGAAAAUUGACUUGACGUCAGGAUACUAUCAGCUAAGAAUAAGAGACAAGGAUGUACCGAAGACUACAUUCAGAUUAAGGUACAUGCAUUAUGAAGUGAUGCCUUUUGGGCAAGCUAAUGCCCCUACGACUUUUAUGGACAUGAUGAAUUGGGUGUUUCAGCCCUAUCUGGAUUGUUUCACAGUAGUCUUUAUUGAUGAUAUCUUGGUUUAUUCUCAGGAAUUGGAGGAGCAAGCCAGUCACUUGCGGUUGGUUCUGACUAAGCUGAGGGAUCGCCAGUUGUAUGCAAAGUUCAGCAAAUAUGAGUUCUGGCUGGAUGAAGUCAGGUUCCUCGGGCAUGUCAUUUCUUAG